AAGCCUACGCCAGGAACUUGAGAAAGUCAAGAUGGAAGCAUUAGAGAACGCCAUGUAUCCGACCAUUAGAUCAGGACUGGCGAAGUUUGAUGUCAGUUUACCCGAGGAAGUCCAGAACUAUGUCAGUUACUUAUUAGAUGAGUCAGCCAAACUUCACUUACGUAAGCAAGUACUCCAACCACCUCGUGCCUUAGAGGAAUUACGAGAAGCAAUGGAUAAAGACGAAUUGAAAACAUUCCUUACUAUUCACAUCAGAGAAGGUGCAUGGCAGGUGGUGCUGCUGUUUACGGAUGAGCUCCCCAGAGUUAAACUACCACGGGACUGGUAUACUAUAAUUCAUAACGAGGACGAGGACGAGGACGAGGAGGUGUCUAAUGAAGUGAUAUAUUGUUCGAAGUCAGGCAUAUUGAAUGGGUGGCCAACACAUUACGACCCUGGUUUGGUAACACUGUGUAAAGCGAUCACCAACAAGGACUGGAAAGUAACCAGAUUAAUUCUCUCUCUGAGUCGGAUACCUGAUGAAGGUUUGAAGAACUUGAGCACAGCGCUUACUCAGAGUGAGCUUUACAGCUUGACACUGUAUGACAUUGGUUUACAAAGUCAAGGAUUAGAACACCUGUGUAACGCGCUAACCAGCGUUAACUGCAGAUUAACAAACUUAAACGUCAGGGGUAAUAAGUUGGGAGACGUAGGAAUAAUGCACUUGUGUAACGCGCUAACCAGCGUUGACUGUACAUUAACCAGCUUAAACGUCAGUAACUGUGAGUUGGGAGACAACGGAUUGAAACACUUGUGUGAUGCACUUACCAGUAGUAACUGUGCGUUAACCAAAUUAAAAGUCCGUUUUAAUAGAUUAGGAGAUAGAGGAAUAAAAGAAUUGUCUGAAGUUUUAACCAGCGGAUUCUGUACAUUAACAAGUUUAGACGUAAGCGGCAAUAAAUUUGGAGAUGAAGGAAUCAAGCACCUGUGUAAGGCCUUGACUGAUACGAAAUGCAAACUAAGGAGCUUAGACUCCAGCGCAAAUUGGAAUGUAACAGAUGAUGGUAAAAAGUAUUUGUCUCAAAUGUUAACUGGCACUGACUGGGAAGAUAAAGGAGCUCUACGACUUUCCCGUUCAACUACAAAGUGGACCAAGUAACAAGUCAGAGGCACAGAGCCCUGACAGGUUCCCUCUGUUACGUUUCGCUUGUCAUGAAAUAAAUUCCAUUUUUAUAAAUGACAACUUAGAGAUUAUUGUUCAAGCUGAUUAAUUAGAUAACUGACCUUCUAGUCACUAUCACUCGUUGAACGGAGUAUUAAAAAUGACCAGCAGUGAGGCAGUCGAAACAUCGCGAUCAAGAAUUGAGGAAUGACUCUGUAUCAUGACACAAACGAUUAUUA